UUAGGACAUGCCUCGUUGUGCUUACACACUUGCUAGUAUAGUAGAGCGAAGGAAAGAAGAAUCUCCGGAAGUUGUCUCCCCGCCGGUACGUUGACUUACUGUCAGGGUCGUACAGCCUUACCGCGGGCUGUGUAAUCGAGCAAGAACACGAUCUCAGCUCCUCGAUCCCACAUGCGUCCGCGGCAUUGACUCCGUUUCCGUAUCUUCGUCUCUACGUGACAAAGCUUGAUAUACGGCUUAGUAACCGAUCACUAGCUUGAUCGAUCGUCGUUGCGAGGCAUCCAUCCCAUCCAUGGCCGGCCACCACACCGGAGGGACCCCGUUCCUCGUCUCGCCGGAGACGGGGCACGCCAUGCCCUCCUCCUCCGCCGCCUCUUACUCAUUAACCGCCACCGGCGACGGCGAUGGUAAGGAGGCGGCGGCGGGCGACGCCGGGGCGGAAUUCGUGCUGGAGUCCAAGGGGACGUGGUGGCACGCGGGGUUCCACCUGACGACGGCCAUGGUCGGGCCGACGGUGCUCACGCUGCCGUACGCGCUCCGGGGGAUGGGCUGGGGGCUGGGGCUCGCGGCCCUCACCGCCGUCGCCGCGGUCACCUUCUACACGUACUACCUCAUGUCCAGGGUGCUCGACCACUGCGAGGCCGCCGGCCGCCGCCACAUUCGCUUCCGGGAGCUCGCCGCCGACGUCCUCGGAUCUGGAUUGGUGUUCUACCUGGUGGUCACCGUGCAGACGGCGAUCAACGCCGGGAUCACCAUCGGCAGCAUCCUCAUCGCUGGCGACUGCCUACAGAUCAUGUACACGAGCUUGGCGCCAGAUGGCUCAUUGAAGCUGUACCAUUUCAUCAUGAUCGUCGCCGUCGUGCUGUCCCUGUUCUCGCAGAUGCCGUCGUUCCACUCGCUGCGGUACAUCAACCUCGGCUCGCUGAUCCUCAGCUUCGGCUACACCAUCCUCGUUUCUGCCGCUUGCAUCCGGGCAGGUAUGCUGAGCAAUGCUCCGGUGAAGGAUUACUCGUUGAGUCCGUCCAAGUCCGGGAGGACCUUCGACACUUUCCUCUCCAUCUCCAUCCUGGCCACAGUGUUCGGCAACGGCAUCCUACCGGAGAUCCAAGCCACGCUGGCGCCACCGGCGGCCGGGAAGAUGCUCAAGGCGUUGCUGCUCUGUUACACCGUGAUCUUCUUCACCUUCUACCUGUCGGCCAUCUCCGGCUACUGGGCCUUCGGCAACGCCGUGCAGUCCAACGCCCUCCAGAGCCUGAUGCCGGACUCGGGACCCUCGCUGGCGCCGACGUGGCUGCUCGGCCUCUCCGUGGUGCUCAUCCUCCUCCAGCUCCUGGCCAUCGCGCUGGUGUAUUCGCAGGUGGCGUACGAGAUCAUGGAGAAGCGGUCGGCGGACGCGAAGCACGGAAGGUUUUCGCGGCGGAACCUGGUGCCGCGCGUGGCGCUGCGGACCGGCUACGUAGCGGUGUGCUCGCUCGUGGCGGCGGCGCUGCCGUUCUUCGGCGACAUCGUGGGCGUGAUCGGUGCCGUGGGGUUCAUCCCGCUCGACUUCGUGCUCCCUGUCGUCAUGUACAAUGUGGCGCUGGCCCCGCCUAGGAGGUCGCCGGUGUACAUAGUCAAUGCGGCAAUCAUCGUCGUGUUCACGGCCGUCGGGGUCAUCGGCGCAGUCGCGUCGGUGCGGAAGCUUGUGCUCGACGCCGGGCAGUUCAAGCUAUUCAGCGACCACGUUGUUGACUGAGUUCAUUGCUUCGUUUUCCCCCACCCAACAACGACGCCCUUCUUCCGAGUUGACAAAGGUGCAAACUCUUUGGGGGUUCAACUUUGAACAUAUCUUUAACCAAAAAUAUAUAACUAGGUUACAUGCCAUGAAAGUGGUUUGCAAUGUAUGAUUUGUAUCAUUGUAUGCCUUAAAGAAUCAUCGUAUACUUA